CGUUUUCGUGGCGCGUGCAGGCGGAGAGGAAGAGGACGCCAAUCCAAAUCCUUAUCCCCACGUGUGUUAUCCUUCCAUUUUGUGGGCGGGGGUGAGCUCCUGCCUCCUGCCGCCCUGCUUCGCAAUCCUCCUCCACCUCGACAACGACGCCGUCGCACCUCGCUGCUCGCCGCCACAGCGGUCUCACCUCAUCAGCUUGUGUCGGCCACGGGACGCGACCGAGGCGAGGGCGGGCAGUCUUUGUCCGGUCGGCGAUGCAGACCCUCCGUCCCGCGCCCGCCUCCUUCCUCGUGCCGCCCGCUCCCCAGCUCCUCCGCACAGCGCCGCCACCAGCCCCGAGAGCAAACGCUGCUGCUCUUGCCGCGGCGUCGCACGGCUGGUUCCCCUCGCCGCACCGUGCCUGCCGGCGCCGUCGACGCGUGACAAGGUCUGCGUCGUCCGGUGCUAGCGCCACCGUGGCCUCCGUGGAUGAUGCCAAGAAGGACGUGCUCAUAGCGCUCUCCCAAAUCAUCGAUCCUGAUUUCGGCACGGACAUCGUGUCCUGUGGGUUUAUCAAGGAUUUGGAGGUCAGUGAGGCCUUGGAAGAGGUCUCAUUUCGUCUGGAGCUGACGACUCCCGCUUGCCCAAUCAAAGACGAGUUCGAACAGAAGGCGAACGAGGUCGUCGCAGCACUUCCAUGGGUCAAGAAGGUAGACGUCACAAUGUCUGCGCAACCUGCACAGCCGGUAUAUGGAGGGGAGCUUCCAGAAGGGCUACAGAAGAUCUCCAACAUCAUAGCAGUUUCAAGCUGCAAGGGAGGGGUAGGGAAAUCAACUGUUGCUGUAAAUCUUGCGUACACACUAGCUGGGAUGGGAGCUCGGGUUGGAAUCUUUGAUGCUGACGUCUUUGGCCCAAGCUUACCGACUAUGGUUUCUCCUGAAAACCGGUUGCUAGUGAUGAACCCAGAAAGCAAAUAUAUUCUUCCGACCGAGUAUUUGGGCGUCAAAAUGGUGUCCUUCGGGUUUGCUGGACAAGGAAGGGCGAUCAUGCGGGGUCCAAUGGUUUCAGGAGUCAUCAAUCAGCUGCUGACCACUACUGACUGGGGUGAACUUGACUACCUUGUCAUCGAUAUGCCUCCUGGAACAGGCGACAUACACUUAACACUCUGUCAGGUGGCUCCAUUGACUGCAGCAGUGAUUGUUACCACCCCUCAAAAGCUGGCUUUCAUUGAUGUUGCCAAGGGAGUAAGGAUGUUCUCUAAACUGAAGGUUCCUUGUGUUGCGGUUGUAGAGAACAUGUGCUAUUUUGAUGCUGAUGGAAAACGUUAUUACCCAUUUGGACAAGGUUCUGGAACUCAGGUUGUGCAGCAGUUUGGAAUACCUCACCUCUUUGAUUUGCCAAUACGGCCAACUCUUUCGGCUUCCGGAGAUACUGGAAUUCCUGAGGUUGUGGCUGAUCCGCAAGGGGAUGUGGCUAAUACAUUUCAGAAUCUUGGGGCAUGUGUUGUUCAACAGUGUGCUAAAAUCAGGCAACAAGUUUCUACAGCGGUGUCCUACGAUAGAUCCAUUAAAGCAAUCAGAGUGAAAGUGCCAGAUUCAGACGAAGAGUUCUUGCUGCAUCCAGCAACAGUUAGACGGAAUGACCGAUCCGCUCAAAGCGUGGAUGAAUGGACAGGGGAGCAGAAGGUUCAGUACAGUGACAUACCAGAUGACAUCGAGCCAGAAGAGAUUAGGCCGAUGGGAAACUAUGCAGUUUCUAUAACUUGGCCUGAUGGAUUUAGUCAGAUAGCACCUUAUGACCAAUUGGAAAUGCUGGAGCGGUUGGUGGAGGCUCCGAGUCCAGCAGCAGCGUCUGCAGUGGCCUCGUCAUGAUACAGCAGAAAGAAUGUUCAGUUAGCAAGGGGCAAGAAGGCCGACUUUUAGCUCCCAGAAAAUUUAUAGCUCUGCUACAAAUUUUGAAAGAAUUUUACAGUACUGUAGAACCAUGCUCAUUGAAUUUUAAAAAAAGGCAGCAGCUUUCGUUCCUCUUAAA